UAGGAGGAUGUGUUUCUAUUGAUCACCUUUAGGAGGAUGUGUUUCUAUUGAUCACCUUUAGGAGGAUGUGAUUCUAUUGGUCACAUUUAGUAGGAUGUGAUUCUAUUGAUCACCUUUAGGGGGAUGUGAUUCUAUUGGUCACCUUUAGGAGGAUGUGACUCUAUUGGUCACCUUUAGGAGGAUGUGAUUCUAUUGAUCACCUUUAGGAGGAUGUGAUUGGCUGGUACAGACAGCGGAGGAACUCGGACCAACAGAUGACGUUCAGAGAGAAGAUCGUCCACGAGAAGCUGAAGACAUGUCUGUCCAACCCUCAUGUGAUCUUUGUGCUGCUGACGCCCAGCAGGUCGACUCCGACAGGCUCCACCCACAAGAUGGAGUACGCCGCCUUCAUCUCACGCAGCAGGCAGUUUGUGAACGUUCCCGUGCUGGUCAACAACCUGGGUCUACUGGAGCAGCUGGCGUACUGGAAGGAGUCGACGUCGUGCUCCGCGGCCGGUUACAACCUUACCAUGAACACACACGGCUCUAAGUUCUUCUCCUCCAACGGGCUGCUGAGGGAAGUGAACGACGUGAACUCCAUGAACGACUCUCUGCAGACGGAGCUGCAGAAAGCUUGCAGGACGUUGGAGGAGAGUGAACGUCUCGUAGAAACACUCCAGAGUGACGUUUCGACUCUCAGGAGGAAACUUGUUGAGAAGAAGAAAAGUUCAGCAGGAAAAGGUGGUCCCGUGGAUCAGAGGGACCAGGUCCUCCAGCAGGUCUUCAGGUCUCUGUUGUGCUCUCCUCCGUUUCACUCUCACACUCUGACUCUGGACUCACUUCCUGUUCCUGAUGCCGUCUCCAUGACACCGUCUCCUGAAACGAGGUCUGGCAGGAAGAGACCAAAGGAGAUGUCGGGGGGGCGGGACAGGAAACGCAGGAAGAGCCAGCCUUCAGAAUAAAAUGACGGAAGUCAAACGUGGAUUCAAUCCUCGUUUCUCUUCAAUGUUUAAAAAUGAUAAAGAUGAUUUAUGUUAAAAACUGUUUGUUAAUUUAAUUAAUAGCAACUAGUUUUAUUGCUAUGUUAGCAUGCUAACAUGCUAAUGCUCAGCUGGUGUCAUGUCCACUAUCUUAAGGUGUGCUCACACUAAACGCGAAAACUUCGGCGCGAUAGCCUAUCGGCGUUGAGAUGCUUCCCCCGUCAUCACUGACUUCCUGCCGUUGUUGAAUCAGGAAAUAAAUACUGUAUCCGUCUGUGUUCACCCAGAGCUCUACG